AAGUCCAGAAAUCCAUAGCUGCUCCACUAUCAAGUCAGAAUGAAGAAUGGAGAGCGAUGUACGGAGUAGAUAACAUAAUGCGGCCGCAAUGGCCACCCUGAAACAUGCUAAACUUAUUCUUUAAAAAAAUAAAUUAACAACAUCCGUCACAUAUGUAAACAGUUGCUUGGUUCAAACCCACAAAAAAAAACAAAGCACAUGAAUCUUCUCCUAUACGGCGCAUGUGCAUGUUACACCCAAAGCGACAAACCAUGUCCACCAGAAACCGCCCCAUUCGUAUCGCCGGCGCUUCCGGCUCCGCCUCUGACCGGCGCCACGCCCUCGCCAGCUUCGUCCGCAACCAUCCCAACGACCCCAUCGACGUGAUCAUCUCCGACUACAUGAGCGAGUACAACAUGGCGACCGCCGCUGCUAAGCGCGUGGGCGAUGACGACGACGUGGCCGCGUAUGAGAUGUCGUUUCUGGAGUCGCUGCUGCCGGCCCUGGGGGAUCUGGCGCGCCAUGGGAUUCGCGUUGCGGUGAAUGCCGGCGUGGCGGAUGUUCAAGGGCUAUAUACGGUUGUCGAGAGAGUAGUGAGGGAGAGGGGAUUGGGGUUGAAGGUGGCUUGGAUCUCCGGCGACGAGGUCCUCCCCGCCGUAACUCAGGCACUCGCCUCGGGGAAAUCCCCGCUCAAGAACAUUUACACCGGCCAGAACCUGGCGGACUGGUCAUUCGAGCCCAUAUACGCCCAGGCCUACCUGGGAGGGCUGGGUAUCGCAGCAGCGUUCGCCAACGGCGCCGACAUCGUCCUCUGCGGCCGUGUAUCCGACGCGAGCCCUGUCAUCGGCGCGGCAUACUGGUGGCAUAACUGGGGCCGGCACGAGUUGAACAAACUAGCCAACGCCCUUGUUGCAGGCCACCUGAUCGAGUGCAGUAAUUAUGUCUGCGGCGGGAACUUCACGGGCUUCAAGGCACUCGAGAGUAGUGAGGGUGGAUGGGCAGACAUUGGGUACCCUAUUGCUGAGAUCUCCGCGGCCGGGGAGGUGGUUAUCACGAAACAAUCGGGGAUUACUACCGGAGGAGUUGUGACGGUAGAUACAUGCACGUCCCAACUGUUGUAUGAGAUUCAGGGGCCAUGGUAUUUCAACUCAGAUGUCACGGCGAUUCUUGACGGGAUAUAUUUCGAGCAGCUGUCCACAAACCGCGUCGCAGUGUGCGGCGUCAAGGCGGGUUUGCCCCCUCCAACUACAAAAGUGGGCAUAACAGCACGAGGCGGGUAUCAGGCGCAAGCGAGCUAUUUCAUGGUAGGGCUGGACAUCCCCGCCAAAGUGCGCAUGUUGGAAACGCAGAUCCGCCGACUACUGGCACCGCAUUCGAAGAAUUACACAGUGCUCGAUUUUUCUUUGCUGGGCAGCAUGCCCGAUGAUCCCAGGGACCAGAACAGCGCGACGACGACGUUUCGCAUACUAGCCCAAGCACCAAAGGAGGAACAUUUGGCUCCGACCAAAUUCAUGAAACUCAUCUUCGAUAAUAUCAUGCAAGGCUAUCCCGGCGCCACGUUCGAUCUGGAUAUGCGCCAGGGUGUACCCAAACCCGUGUUUGAGUACUACGUCACUCUCAUCCCGCAGACGGACGUGAAACAUCAAGCGCACCUCCCCUGGCUCAACGACAUUAACGAUAAUAAAACGAUCGACAUCGCCCCACCGGCCACCACGAAGAUCUGGCCGUCUCCACAACCCUCGCAGCCUGUAACCGCCCGCCCAGCCAAUCUGGAGACGGACUUUGGCCCGAUGACGCGAGGGCCUCUGGGCUGGAUCGUGCACGCACGCUCGGGCGAUAAGGGUUCCGACGCCAACUGCGGCUUCUGGGUGCGGCACGAUGAUGAGUACGAAUGGCUGCGGACGCUGUUGUCGACUGAAAAGGCGCAGGAGUUGUUGGGUGGGGAGUGGCGAGAAGAUGGGACGAUGAGCAUUGAGCUGUUUGAGCUACCUAAGUUACGCGGGGUGCAUUUCCUUUUCCGCAACUUGUUGGAUCGUGGGGUUGGCGUGACGCGGAAGGUGGACUUCUUGGGGAAGAAUGUGGCGGAGUAUUUGCGGGCGAGAUGGGUGGAAAUUCCGGUCAAGUUUUUGGGGAGAGGGAAGUUGUAGAUAUAUUUAGUUUCUUCUUAAUUAGAUUAUAUGCAUGUAUGUUUCAUGGGGUAGAAUCGUUUCUUCACAUUUUGUGUAGUAUCCUACAGAAUGUCUCGCAGUUCUGCAUAUUACGUGUGAAGUAUUGGUGUGAGUGGCUAUCUCCUUCGCGAACUCCGCAGGCUACUCACAGGCGGCGCAGGGUCAAAUGCGUCGUCAUCAUCUUCAAUAUCAUCGCUCAUGACGCUGACGCUUCUCGUCGCCCGAGCCGCGGCAGCUCGACUAGGCCGCUUACCAACCAUGGAACCUGUGUCUGUGCCACCUAGUGUUU